CUUUGCUGUUCAGACAUGAAUAAUCGCUCGAUCGCCUGGUGGCUGAGACAGAUUGGCUUGUCCCAGUACACCAAGACACUAGAAAGUGAAUAUUAUGGUCUGGAGGUACGUGAAAGUGGGAGAUGCAUCUCUUCUUCCAUUUUGUUUUGCGCCUCACUCUCCACAAUUCUCAAUUUCUCUUUAAUCCUUUCUCACUCAUCUGAUUUUGUUUCUCCUCAGGGUUUGCUGAACGUGACAGAUGGAGAGCUGAAAGAUGCAGGAAUAGAGGAUGCAACACACAGAGAAACCAUCCUGAAUCAGCUGUCAAGGCACCGACAGACACUGGACCCACACUCCGCUUCAUAUUUAACGGAACACGAGAGCGGCGUGCAACUGGAGCGCAGGGUGAGCCGAAAGUACUCCCUGGGAUCGUCUAUGGAUGUGGUGAAGCUGAGGAAGGAUCUGUUUCGUCAGAGCAUUCUGCCCCGCCUCCAGCACACUGAUAAAAAACACCGCCUUUCUGCCUCCUGCUCCCAGCUCCGCCCCCUGAAUGAGGACAACACUAUAAGUUAUACAGAACAACGUCAGGACAGCAAAAGCAGCAAAAGGAGGAGCGUCAGCGCAUAUUUCAGCCAGCUGAAGGUGUUUGGUGGUCGGAGAGAGAUGGAGUCGCUGAAGAAAGAGCUGGAGGAGGAGCUGAAGCUCAGCACUGAUGACCCGAGGAGCCAUGCAUGGUACCACGGACCGCUGAGCCGAGAGGCUGCAGAGUCUCUGUUUGAGAGGGAUGGAGACUUCCUGGUCCGAGACUCAAGCUCUGCCCCCGGAGACUACGUUUUGAGCUGCUUUUGGAAGAACGGACCCCUGCACUUUAAGAUCAUACGAGUGACCCUUCGUCCUAAACAGGGCUACUCUCGGGAGCUGUUCCAGUUUGAGGAGGAUCGCUUUGACAACGUUCCCGCUCUGAUCCGAUUCUAUGUGGGCGGGCGCCGGCCCAUCUCCCAGGCCUCCGGCGCUGUGAUCUUUCACCCAAUCACACGCACCCUUCCUCUGCGCGUCAUCGCCGAGCAGCACGCGGAGCCCGGAAGCAGCAGAGGCGGCGCGGGGGGAGAAAAGCGCACUGAAUCCAACAAAAGACGCAGCUUCAGCACUGCACACACUGACACACUGCAGGUCGUCAAUCCACUGCUGAGGAGCGGAAGUCAACCCUCUAACUUGGAGAACGUGGGACGGAGGCCUUCGCUUCAGUCUGCCCAGUCUGACAGCAACCUACGAACUGGUGUUCCACAGAACACUCAGUCGGAGGACUCUGGCCCCGCCCCCAUCUCCCCUGUGUUUCGCACAGGCAGCGAACCCCUACUGAGCCCACGGCCGCGGAACACACGCCCCACCCAUCUGGGUGGUGGUGUAACUUUGCGAGGUUCAGAUGGACAGCUGCACCCCAGAGCUCCUCCCAAGCCUCUCAGGGUCUCUGCUGUGUUUCCCAACACCGUCCCUCCCCCACCCACAGAAAGGGACUGCGACCCCUCCUCUUUCUAUGGCGAGCUGGUCGUGCAGGUGCCACAGUCCAAGCGGAAGGGUCAUGUGGACCGACUGCGUGCAGAGGAGAAGUGGCAGAGCCGCGCCCGCCUCACAGAAACUUCCUUUGGCUUUCUGGAGGCACAGAAUAACGAAGCAUCAUCACAGCUGCCAUUGCUGCCGCAGAAGAAGAAGGUAGAGGAAGUGGAAGACUGGCAGUUUGAAAAGCCACAGGUGGAGAUGGAUUCGUGUUUCCAGUUGGACAGGUUUGAGUCGCUGCUCUUGCCGGAGAACAACCGGCCUUUAGAUUCCAGCGUCCUGCUGGUGCUCAAAGAGCUCUUCAACCGAUCAAAUGCCAAAACUACCUCUCUGCACAUGCUCAGUGUUGACUGCCAGGUAGCACGCAUAGUUGGGGUGACUGAUGAGCAGAAGAAGACUAUGGGAGUUGGAUCAGGGCUGGAGCUCGUCACUUUGCCACACGGACGCCAGUUACGACAGGACUUGUUGGAAAGGCAUCAUCUAAUAGCACUGGGAGUCGCAGUGGACAUCCUGGGCUGCACAGGGACCGUGAGCCAGAGGGCAGCCGUUUUACAUAAAUUAAUCUUAUUGGCUCAGGCCCUGAAAGAACACGCUCACAACCUCUACUCCUUCUCAGCUGUGAUGAAGGCUCUGGACAUGCCUCAGAUAAUGCGGCUGGAGAUGACAUGGCGAGCGCUGAGGAGGAACCACACGGAGACUGCGAUUUUAUUUGAGAAGGAACUCAAACCCUUCAUGAACUUGCUGAACGAGGGAGACGACUCUGUAGUCCAGGGUCCAAUAGCUGUGCCUCACCUGGUUCCCCUGCUGAUGGCAAUGGAGGGUGAGGACCCAGUGGAGAACAGUGAGCGAGGCUGUCAGCUUCUCUUCAAUGUCCUCCAAUCAGCUCGCAGUGCUGCCCUGCACGCACAAGAUUAUCAGCAGCACGCACACUCGCUGCUCGCAGGAGGCUGGGAGCCAGUCCCUGAGCUGCUGGAGGCUUUCCGAACAGAGUUCGCCCUGCGGCUGUUCUGGGGUCAGUCGGGGGCAGCGGCGGACAGGAAGGAGCGCUACGAGAAGUUUGACAAGAUUCUUUGUGUCCUCUCGGAUAAACUGGAACCCGUGGAGAUCAUCCCACAACAACCCGACCCUCUAACCUGAGCCCCGGGGCCCGUUUCAUGAGAGGAAAAUAGUAAGCACAGAUAAAAGUGAAAUGUUUUUAUUUGAACCUUGGCGUGUUGCGGCAGCCGAGGUGGAGAUCUCGCCCCUGAGAUCGCACAGACAUAGAGAAAAGUUGUUUUUGAGAUGUGAGCGUCUGUCAAGCUCGUCAAGUGACGACUUAACUUACAAAGGAAUGAGUUAUAUCUGCAAUGUGAGGGCCCUGGGCAGUCCUUCACUGUGACAAGGGCUGCACUGGAGUCUGACAUUGAUUAACCAAAAACCAUCAUGUGUCUGCUCCUUCAAAUGCAAUUGCAUUUCUGACACAAUUCACACCACUUGUUUGGGAUUCCAAAGGACCAACAGGAUCACUACAUUUGUAUAUAAACAGCUGCUGUAACGGAUCACACUGGAAAUUUUGUUUUUCAUUUCGGUGUUUCUGAUUCAAUAAAUGAUAUUUGUUUAUUUUUG